UCGAAUGCGAAAAAGAGGUUGAAUUUCCGUCGGACGCUACAGCUCGCUUUCUGGUCGAAGCUUCCAACGCAGCCUGUGCGUGUCGUUACAUAGUGGUUUUUGGGAAGUGUUCUGUGCUAAAUUCGUGCCCGCCGAAACUGGGGUGCAUUAAGUACGCGUCCUGCUGCAGCAAGCGCGUUGUUUCGUGGCGGUGCGUCGGUGAUGAAAUUGCACUAUUCGCGUAGGAAAGUGGGAAGCCUGGCAACAGCCAUUUGAGCGUCUUAUUUUCGGAUACGUGUGCCAAGCAGGACAAGGACUUUUCCUAGCGGAAUGACUCGCGCUGGUGUCCUUACCGUUGUGAAAUAACAGCAUCCGGAGCAGUGAACUCCGACUUGGACGCCACCAGCACCCCGCUGCACCGGGACUCUUCGCUGGAACAAGCACGCUCGAGAGAGAGAGAAAAAGAGAGGGAAAGCAAAUGAAAGCGGUACAGAGAUAGGGACAGAAAGAGAACGAAUAUAACCGCACCGUCCCGCCGCUGUCGUCUUUAUCGUGGCGCUGCCUGUGUUUCUUUUUAGUUUUUGGUGUUUGACGUUUACUGUUGCGGAGCACAAAUAAAACAAACGGGGAAAACUCCUUCAUAGCGCCGCUGGCUGUGACGGAACAAUAGCAACCCGCUUCACCGGACGCGCUGUACCACCCUUUCAACCCGCUCCCUGCUUCGGAACGACCCUCACCACCCGAAGGGCUCUAUCUAGUAGGCGUUUGUUUGUCGUGCGUGUGGUUUUCUGAUUAAAGCAGGCUUGCAUUUUUAAAGGCUCCGGUUUCCUAAAGAAAUUCUCCAAAAGGUCCCAAGCACCUCAUUGUGCCCCACAAUCGUUUGCCUGUGCUCUUGUGUGUGUCCCUGUGUUGGUGUGUUGGGCGCCUCUGUGUACGUGUGCCGUGCUUGUGUGUGUAUGCGGAAUUUUCCACCAUUAGCGUCGUCGUGCAAUUUUUUACUCCAGCGCCAGCCAGAAUAGGGUGUCUCGCGUGCUUGUUUGCCCUUUUGUGAAAUUGUGAACGGAAGCGUGCCAGCUAAAGUGCCGCAGCACAUCCUUUCCGUUGCCAGCGGGAGUAUCAUCCUCAACACCGUGUUCCGGCCGGCAGACGAAACGCGCGGCGAGCCAGAAGCGAACGACGACGGAAGCUGGUCGAACCCUGAAGCGAACACAGAAACGACCAUAAGCCGACCGACCACCCGGUGAAUGCGCAAAAAUGGCCGUCGUCAAGGAUAGUGCGACGUUCUUCCAGCAUGGCAACUCGGCCCAGUUCGAGUACGUGCUCGGCCUGUACAAGCAGGCGCUGAAGCUGAAGGCGGAAACGCGCGGCAACGACAAGAAGGCGGAGAAGCUGAUGCGCCUCGAGGAGUGGUACCAGAACGAGCUGCCGAAGCUGAUCAAGAAGCGGGGCCGCGAUGCGCACCUGCUGCACGAGGAGCUGGUACAGACGAUGGAGUGGAAGCAGACGCGCGGCAAGUUCUAUCCGCAGCUCUCGUAUCUGAUCAAAAUCAACACCCCCCGGGCGGUGGUGAUGGAGACGAAGAAGGCAUUCCGCAAGCUGCCGAACCUGGAGCAGGCGCUGAAUGCGCUCUCGAACCUGAAGGGUGUCGGCAUCACGAUGGCGUCGGCGUUACUGGCCGCGGCGGCCCCCGAGAGCGCCCCGUUCAUGGCGGACGAGUGUCUGAUGGCGAUUCCGGACAUCGAGGGUAUCGACUAUACGGCGAAAGAGUAUCUGAAGUUUGUCAAACACAUCCAGCAGACGAUGGAGCGUCUCAAUCUCGAGGUGGAGAGCAACGGGGCAGCGGCCGAUCCGGCCACGGAAGACUCCAGUGCCAGUGCGCCCGGUGAUGAGGAUGCUGCGGCGGAGAGCAACAGCAACGGCGCGGCAGACACCACAGCGGCCCCAGCGGCGACAGAGGAUACCCCGGCCGAAACCACACCCACCACCACCUCCUCCACCACUGGCAGCAAAUCGAAGGGAGCGGAUGCGGCGGCGGCGAACGGUACCUCGGAACCGAAGGCCAAGAAAUGGUCGGCCCACUCGGUGGAGCUCGCCCUGUGGACGUACUACGUUCUGUUUGAUCAGCGACCGGAGCUGCUCGGUGGCAUGCCAGGGACCAACAAUGGCACUGCGGCCACACAGAACGGCGUGGGUGACGAGGAGGAGGACGACGACGAGGAGGAUAAGAGUGGCGAGGAAGAAGAAAACGAAAAUGGCACCGUGGAGGACGAGGGUGAUAACGAUGAGAACUCGCGCAACGCCGUGAUGGAGUCGUCCGAAUCGGAAAGCAACGAAGCGGGUGGUGGUGGUGGUGAUGGGGGUGGCGGUGUGGUGGUAGCGAACGGGAAACCAGCACCUCUUGAGCAAGCGGGGGAAGUGUCCGCAAAGGAUGCCACCGAUACCAGCAGCAGCAGCAACGGCAGCACCAGUGCCGAAGCCGUCAAACCCGAGGCUACCAAACCGGCGGAACAAACCAACAAUGGUACUGGCGUUAGCACCAGCGACAACGCGUCAGAACUACCUCCCGUCUCUAGUGCGGCGGCCGAAGCAGACGACACUACGGUGAAGUCAUCCGGUGAAAGCUUAGACCCGAAGACGGCGGCGGUUGCUACGUCGUUAUGCGCCACGAACACCGCACCGGACAGCAGCAACAGCAGCAACAACAGUGAGCUCACCGACAGUGACACACAGCUGAACAGCGUCAGCAGUAACGGCAACAACAAGCGCCCCCUGUGCUGCGACGAUAACGCCGACGACAAGCCGGAACUGAAUGCUCCGAAGCUGAUAAAACUGUAGGAAGCGAACGAAGAAGCCGCAAAGAGCAACCACCGCUAGGAUGGGUGACACGACAGGGGAAGAGGGGGGGACAUCGGGAGGGAAAGGAAUGGAAGUGGGUAGGACAACAUAUAGAACAGUACAACAAUCAUACACAUACAUGCACACACACUAAGGAACCAACAGGAACCAAUAGGGAAUGUGGGGAUGGGGAGUUCAAAACGAACUGACACGAUCCACUUGCAACAUCCAGGAAACAUAAGGUGGCCGAGAGUGUGUUGUACUGGGGUUUCUUAUUUCCUCUUUUUAAGACACCAAUUAAACUGUAGGGGGCGAACGGGAAAGGAACGUAAAUUUAUAUAGAUAUAUUUGUGACUUAUGCUUACAUAAUACAACUCAGUAUCGACCGUGUGCUGCUGGGCGGGGAUGCCGAGAGAUGUCAUGGGAGGAAAGGCACUAGAGUCACUUACAAUUACUUAAAUUUCGGCAAACGCCAACCGCACCCACCCCCACCCCACCCUCCUCUACUAUCAUCGAGCCUCAGCUCCAUCGACGAGCGGCAUCAUUUGUAUGUGUAGUAAAAAUGAACAAAAAGAAGAACCUUUUAUCUCACUCUUUGUACGCCUAAGUCUAAGUAUUUUUGUUCAUUUUUUUUUCUUUUUAAUUGUAUUUAUACUGUGUAUGUGUGUAUGCGUGUGUCUGAGUUCGUCAUGAAAUUCCACCGCUCGGCGAGGAGGAGCGAGCGCCACAUUCAAUUUAUUCCCCGUGGGAAACUAGAGGAAAGAAAUCAAACAAGAAAAAACAAACUGCUUCCUUCGGGUUGAAAGAGCGGUCGGAAAAUAAAUCGCUGGCUAUCAUCCGAUGCCGCGAGUGUGUAACGUGAAUGAUUCCAUCCUUUCCCUCCAUUGUCGAUAAGUUUGUUUGUAGCUUUGUUUUUUAACCAAUCCUUUUCUUUAUGUUUCCGAUCUCUUACUCCGUCGCUAAUCGCUCGAAGGCACGGGGCGAGGGCGGCGACCAAGGAGCAAGGGGGGGGGGGGGUGGGUGGAUGAUCCCACCCAUUAAGAUUAUUGUCAUGACUUAGGCUAUUUUUCUCUUCCGGUUCGUGUUGUGUCACUCUAUGAAUCCCAAUCUAUCUAGCUUAUACAAGGCACAUUUUAUUUAUAUUUUGUAACCAAACUUGCAUGUUCUCAAAACAACACCCACACACACAUACACACAAACACACACGAAGAAGUAACAAAAUAAACAAACUAUUAAGACUAAAAAAAACCCCACGUUCAGUCCAUUUCUGGUAGUUAGUCGUUGGCGAACCCAUUUGUGUAUACACACAAUGGAACCAAUUUUAGUUGAUUUAUUUUAUUCUCUCGACAUUCGAAUUCGAUCAAGAUGGGUGUGGGAGGAACAAAAACAUGGAAGAAAAUUUAAGCACACAGACACACACACCUCCUGCACACGGACACACUGCAUUCAUACAAGUGAAAUCAAAUGACUGAGAUUUAUAUAGUGAAUAGUCAAUGGAGAAAAAUAAAGAUAUACAAAUGAAAACAAUAAGAAUAUAACAUAACUCUGUGCGAACGUACGGGACGAACGGGAGCAGGUGUGUAUGGCGUGGCCGCCGUUGUGCCCCUGAAUGAUGUGUGAGUGUUUGCGGGGAAAAAAUACCUAGUGGUUUUGAUUUGAUUUGCUUCAUCCUUCCAUAAAGCGACGAAGUUGAUGAUGCUGGACCUUGUGGAGUCGCUUUCAAAUCAGUUGAAUAAUGGGAGUGCAAAAGUUCCACUAUCGUGUCAAAAUAAACACUUUUCAGCAUUCAAAUGAAUACCAUUUUAACCCAAUAAUUCCAAAAUCCAUAAUACGCAAGCGGAACAGCUUGAAUGCGGCGUUGCUGCAGAGACAUAUGGAUACCCCGGAGCGCCAGUGGAGAAGCUCUGGGAGUUGGAUGCAUCAAGUGACUUAUUAGCAAAAUAAGUGACAGAUCUGUUAUGAAAAGAAACACUGGCCACUGCGAUGUAAACAAGGAAUAACAAUUUGAUGAAAUACAUUAGAAACCAAUCUCGGAAAUAAAAACAACCUCUUCCGAGGCCGUUUGUAUUGGUUCCAAAUACUACAUUUCACUUCAUGCACGAACAAAACGAAGGAAGAAAGUUGCAACUGAAGCUUUGGGCUGGCUUUUAAUAUCUUUUUUUACUUAUUUAAAUGCGCCCACCUUGAACGCACGUGGUUUGGAGUAAAUAAAACGAUUACAAAACGAUUGUGGUAACCUUUACUAUGUAGUAUUAUUUUCCUUUUGCAAAACGCGUUUCAAAAAGGAAACAGUUAGGUUACUAGGUUACGAACACAUCAGAUGGACAGUGGAUGAUGUCAUCAACUUCAUCGUUUUCCCUCGGGCCCUAUCUAUACAUAUAUUAUUCUUUUUUUCUUACCCUUCGCGGCAUCUCAUGGCGGAAAGGGGUCGAAGGGCACGCAUGAAAAACAAAACCACAUAAAAAAGCACUUAUAAGACUCAUCUAUACUUACAUACGUUGGGAUAUUAGGGAAACCAAUACGACGAUGCGAGCCAUCCGAGAAGGCGAAUCAUUGUGGAGCCGGGAACGAUGUGCGAAGGGAGGCAAAUUAAAUAGAACAAAGCACACAUACCUUCCUGCACACAGAAUAACGCGGGAAGAAAAAGGUGGCGGUGGAGUGAAGAAGAAAGUGAACGAAUAUGCAAGCGGCAAGACGUUUGUUUCAAUUCUUUUUUAUAUACCAUCCGAAUGUGUGUGUGUGAAUGAUAGCGUGAAAGAAAGCAUGAUAGAGUUGAUCCCGGAAAAAGAAAGGGCUGUUUGAAAAGGAAGCAUGAAAGUGAACGAGAGAUAACCAGGAUGAGCGGCAGUAGUUGGCCAAGUAUCAAUCAAAUGCAUAAUUUUUACAGACUCUAUCAUCGAUAGCGUAUACAAAAAGGAAAAAUUGUAUCAAAAACUGAAAAAUGCAGAAAAAUAAUCUGGAUUAACAAAAAAAAAAGUAUCAAACUAGCAUAUAGGUAAUAAUAGUAGCAAAGUGCAGAGGGAAAACAAUAUUUACGAACUAACUAUAAAACGACACACGAUACGAUGGUAAUUGAUAAACAGGACAAGAAUGUAAUAUUUAAGAGUAAACAAAAACACAUUAAUUUUAGCAAACGGAAACGCCCGUUAUUCCCGCAAACGUUGAACGAUUUAUACACGAGCGGAACGGGGGAGUGCGCAGCAGUAGAGAGCGGCAAGAAUGUGAAAAAUAGGUGGGUCCUAACGGAGGUUGACCGGGCGAAAAUCAUACAAAAAAAAAAACAAAAAAAACAAACGAUGUCUUAUAUAAUAUAUCGAUCGCGGCGAGUUACAAGCAGUAGGACAAAAGGGAA